GAAUGUUGGCUUGUUUUUGCUUCCGGAGCAGCGUCCCCGGGUUCCCUCUGCCGGGGGAGAGCGGCAUCUGGCCGGCCGGGAGGAGAAGCAGAAGGGCGGACCGAGAGCAGCCGGCAGGACGUCGACGCGACACGGCGACAAGGCGGACGCGACGCGAGGUGAGGACGCCGCUGCCUGUCUUAGGCCCUCACAAAAGAGAAACGCAGAUGACCGGCAUGGACGUGCUCCGUCUCUAUUUUGCAUAAUACUCGGCAACUGAUGUGCAGCCGAGCGUGCUGAACCUUGAAACGUGACCACCGCUGCUCUAUGACUGACCUCCUGUCAGUGGAUCUAUCUGACCGCCACGAUGAUGUCGGUAGACGUGAGCAAUCGCAACGGCCCCUUGGCCAAGCCCCCCACUUCGCUCAGCCUGCGCUCGUCCCACAACCAGGUCCUCGGCAGUGACGUCAUCAAACAGGGCUCCUCCACACCGCCCAAGUGUCGCAAAAAGUACGCGCUGACAAAUAUCCAGACCGCCAUGGGCCUCGGGGAGGCGGUGCCGCCCUCAUCGUCACCCGAUUCGUCACCUUCACAACUGUUGACCCCCAACAAUCCCAAACUGGCCAAGAACGGGGUCAACCAGCUCCGUAAAGCCGGGCAGGAUCACAAUAGAAAUACAACAGACCUCAGUCUUGAGUGUAAUUCUGAAAGCAUAACGGAUGAUAUGAGCGUUAACACACCUGAGGAGCCUGAAGGUCACGCGGGGGAUGAUGCCGAGCUGCACCCAAACGGUAACACCGACCCCAAGUCGGGCCACGGGUCAGAAUCGGGGAGUGGCUGUAAUGUCGACACGGCCCACGAUCUCAAACUCAACGGCAACACGGGAGAUGUUGUUUAUCUGUUGAACGCUGAGGUGGAGCAAAGCGAUAUCGGCAUCCUCUCCCAGAAGGAACUUAUGUCCCUGAUGAAGGCUGAGGAUGACGACGAGGCGGUGGAGGAGCACCAAAACGAGGAGAAGAAACCGUUAUUGUUGAUUAAGAGCGAGUCUCCAGUGAAUAAUACGUCGUCAACUUUGCCGAUCGUCUCAGACCUCCACUCCAAGGACUCCCCCGUGCCCCCUCCACCUUUCCCACCCAGACAAGCCAGCCCAGAGGACACACCCCUCCUCUCGGCAGCCUCCUGCUCCUCCUCUUCCUCGUCCUCUCCAGAGACCAAGAAAGACAGGAGGACCGGCGCAAAGACGGACUGCGCUCUGAACCGGAUCCAGAACUUGAACCAGAGUGAUGAAGAGUUGAGUUGGACCACGUUGUCCCAGGAGAGCAACUCCCCCGGGGAGACAGCAGAUAUCUGGAAUGAGCAGUCGUUCCAAACGGACCCGGACCUGCCGCCCGGAUGGAAGAAGAUCACAGACAUGGCGGGUAUCUACUACUGGCACAUUCCUACGGGCGCUACCCAGUGGGAAAGACCCGCCACCCGCGCCGCACCCCCCGGACAGGCGGAGCCCCAGGCGCCAGGCGACCACACAAGCUCGACACCGCGUAAACAGCUGCUGGGCUCGCUUAGCCCCUCCCCCACUCCUGACCAAGAGUCCUGUCAGGCAGAGGUCUUCUUCACGGGCUCGGCUCGCUCGGGCAGCACCACCUCCGACAGCUCAGUGGAGCCUCUCCACGAACACGUCCUGCCCACGUGUGGAUUCAUCAACAGCUGCUAUUUGCCUCGAUCCGCAUCGCUACAGGGGGUGUCAGAUCAAGAGUUCAACCCCCAGCAUCAAGAAGACAAAGACAAGAAGCACAUGUGGGGGGAUUUUGGCGGAAAGAUUGAUAGUGAGGUGUGGAAGGACUUGCAGGAGGCCACGGUGAACCCUGACCCCAGCCUAAAGGAGUUUGAGGGUGCAACCCUUCGCUACGCGUCACUAAAGUUAAGGAACCGUCCAGCGGUGGAAGAAGACGACUCCAGUAGUGGCGACAGUGAUCCACAAUCAAAGUGUUUUGCAGUGCGCUCUCUGGGCUGGGUGGAGAUGGCCGAGGAGGACUUGGCGCCGGGCAAGAGCAGCGUGGCUGUAAACAACUGCAUCCGGCAGCUGUCCUACUGCAAGAACGACAUCCGAGACACGGUCGGCAUCUGGGGCGAGGGGAAGGACAUGUACCUGUUGCUGGAGAAUGAUAUGUUGAACCUGGUGGACCCGAUGGACCGCAGUGUUCUUCACUCUCAGCCAAUCGCCAGCAUCCGCGUCUGGGGCGUUGGCCGCGACAAUGGCAGGGAUUUUGCAUACGUGGCCCGGGAUAAAAACACGAGGAUCCUAAAAUGUCACGUCUUCCGUUGUGACACGCUGGCCAAAGCCAUCGCUACCAGCCUCCAUGAGAUCUGCUCCCGGAUUAUGACAGAGCGAAAGAAUGCCAAAGCAAUGGCAGGAGGCUCUCUUCAGGACAGGAUUCAGGCGGGACUAGAUCUUCCUUUACAAGAAUUCCCCACACCAAAGACUGAGCUGGUUCAAAAGUUUCAGGUGCUCUAUCUUGGAAUGAUGCCGGUUGCCAGACCUAUAGGCAUGGACAUACUGAACGGAGCCAUCGGCAGUUUAGUCGGUACUUCCAACAAGGAGGACUGGACUCCGGUGGCCCUCAACGUGGCCGACGCAACGGUCACCAUCAGCAAAGAUGAGGAUGAAAAGGAAGUGCUGGUGGAGUGCCGCGUCCGUUUCCUGUCUUUCAUGGGCGUGGGACACGACGUGCGUACGUUCGCCUUCGUCAUGGACGCCGGCGGCCAUCGCUACGACUGUCACGUGUUCUGGUGCGAGCCCAACGCCGGCGGCGUGUCGGAGGCCGUUCAGGCCGCUUGUAUGCUGCGGUACCAGAAGUGCUUGGUGGCGCGGCCGCUCUCCCAGAAGGCGUGCGGCUCGUCGCCACCGGGCGAUUCGGUGUCCCGCCGGGUGUCGACCAGCGUCAAGCGUGGCGUCCUCUCCCUCAUCGACACCCUCAAGCAGAAGCGGCCCGUCGCCGAGUUGCCGCAGUGACCGGGAGAGCGGCGAGCGCCGCCGACUCCCUCGGCCGUACCCUGUGCCCGGUCGCCACGGUAACUACCCACAUCGCUGUAGAAAGUACCAUAGACUCCUGUAACCAUGGAAACACAGCUAAGACCCUCCAGAGUUUGGUUUUGUUUAGUUUUUUCCUGCCAAAAGCAAACCGCACGACUCAAUCCAGCCGACGACGACGAAGACAACGCGAGAGUGCUUUCGAUGCGGGAGGCGAUUGUGAACGGAGACCCGUCUCGCGUGCCCAUUUUGGCCCGGCUUGUCUGCGUUUAACGGCUCCUCCCCCGUAGACAUCAAACAUGCGUAGACGCCGCCUUGAGCGCCGACUCUUACGUCGCCACCCGCUUGCGCUUUGGGUGAAAGUGGACGGAUCGCUGAAGGUGCUCGGAGAUGAACCGAACAUUUUACCGUCCCAGCCCAAACUCACCGGUUUUAAACUGACCAAUAAAAGUUGUUUGGAAUCAUUCACUGCUCAGUAAUCACGAUAUAGUAAACGGAGUAAAGUGAACUGUUGGGUUUUUAUCAGUCAAAUGAAAAAUAAUAAUUUUCAAACACUACUUGGACGUGCCGCACGUUAAUUGCGUCAAUGUUGUCUCAUAAUUACAAUAGAUUGCUGGUGGACCUUCUGUAUGAAAUAUAGAAUGAAUAAACAUAGUAAUAUUGUAUUGUUUUAAGCUGCAUGUGUUUUACAAAAUGAAGACACACGAAGCACUUUUCGACCAUCUGUUUUGUGAUGUGUUGCUCUACUUCUAUUGAAGAUAUUUUCGCGCCACAGUUAUUGAAUUGUUCUCGUGCUGAAAAGCAAACACGACCCCAGAAACGGAAAAUCCUUUUCUCUGUAUCAGCGUGAUGCAUUAUGGGAUAUUUUGCAAUUCCAGUGACCAUCGGUUGUUCACUACUUUUCAAGAUUUAUUGCAGGAUACGUUGAGGAUUAUCUGUACUCCUGUAUUAUUCGCUGAAAAGCCAAAGCACUAAUAUGCUUUGGCACCACCUGGUGGCAUCAUGGUGCCAAGGCACUAUGUUGGAGUGAGUUGAGUAGUUUCAUAAAGAGAUAAGUAGUGCUAGCCGCCUUCUUGCAACAUCUGUAGGCGAUUCCAAACAUUUUAGGGAAUCGUGAUUGACGUGUGAGUGAUUCUGAACACCUUUGAUUGGAUUUGGCUGUUCUAAUGGCUAUCAAAUAGAAUUUUCUGACUUUUUGCCCAAUAGAUAUUGUCCCGUAUGCGCAUAAUAUUGUGAAUUUCGGUGGUGAAACCAUCCUCCAACCUAAAACUAAAUUGCCCUGAAGUAAUGACGAUAAUAUUUGUUCGUUUUUGUUUUCUUUUUUUUUCCUCUCUUCUCCCUCCUUUCAUACAAUGUAGGCUUCCCAAAGAUAAACGGCAGCAAAAGCAGUCAGAGAGGAACGCGUUGCUGCUCGUCUCGUCCGUCCGUGAUGAUUGCCAUUAUUCGUAGUGAAAUCGAUAUCAAUCACUUCAGAUAAUAACGAUUAGUCAAAAUAAAUUAAAUGUAAACGUUAAUGAUAUUUAUUCCGAAAAUCCACGUCACAUAUACAUUUCUGUAUCUGGUUAUUAUAGUGUACUUACUUACAAAUACUUCCGUAUUUACCGUCACUAUGGCAGUGUUGCAUAUAUUGGAAGCUGUAAACACUCAUGAAAAUAUGAGAGAAAUUACAUAAAUUGCUUUGGUGCUUUAGGUAAUUAUCAGAUUAAAAGUUACACACAUUGUUUUUGGUGCCUAAUUUGUAAAUAUAUUAGCAUGUAUGGCAGUGGAUGAAUGAGCGGAAUUCAAUUUUCAUUACUUUGAAGAUUGUUGCUUAAUUUUGCCUGCCUCAGUUUCUCUGCCACAUCCAAUAUGGCGGACACAAAGACGUACGGUAGCAACGGGCCAAACUGCUCAAGGCGGUGUCUCCGUGUAUAUGUGUCACUCUUAAUGAACAUGCGGAAGACUCUAAAAUGACAGCAGGAAAGGAAGUACAAUGAAGAUGACUUCAAUCGACGACGCGAGGCAACCAAAACGUGUCACAUGAUCGUGUCACAUGAUCCCGCAUGAAACGUUCCUAAACAAGCAACACACGAGAGACAAUAUCACAACACCUCUGCCGCUGAAGGAGCGAGAAAUGGCAGACGCUUGAUCUGGAUGGUCAAAAGAAAAAAAACAAGCGGUGACCCUUCACCUGAAGCUUGGCCUCACGUACUCUCCGUUUUGUCAGCGCUCGCUCGGAUGAUGACACACGAUAGCCGUGAUGGAGGAGGCCGCACGUGAUGGGGGGGCUGACGUUCGGCCCCCCGAGCUGCUUUCACGCCGCCGCGCCGCUGCUCUGUGAUCCACAUGCUGGAGGACAUGCUGCUCCCUUUCAGGACCCCAGCCAUGUGCUUUUGUACUUUUGCUUUUGCUAUCAUUUCGUUCACAUUGUGAGAAGGAAAAAAGCAAAAUCCCCCCCCCCAAUCGCCUCCUUUUGUCCGGACCAUAUUGAAAUGUGAACGGGUUGGCAAAUGUAUAUAAAAUUCUCCAUGUAAGGUAACAUUUGCCAUUUAUUGUUGUCAUACGCUAUCCCUUUCGUUUCAAAUGUCUUCACUUUUCUAUUAUUUUAUUGAAAUGCCUUUUUUUUUUUUUUUACUUACCCAAUGGCCAAAGUGUAACAUAUAACCUGUAGAUAAGAAAGUUGGAGAGCAAAUAAUGACCCCCAGAGUUGUCGAUGAAGUUGACGCCUGAUAAGCGAUUAUCUAUGCAUUCUUUUCAUGGCAAGAGUCGUUACAAAGCCUUGCAUGCCCGAGGACGAGCCAGAGAAGACUGUAUGUACUGAACAGAAAUAUUUUUAUUUUAUUUAUUCUAUUUUAUAAAGGUAUAUACUGAUUUUAUUCACGGAGGCCGGCGAAGUUUCACUUUGUGUGAUUGUUUCAGUGUUCACAACGCUCCACAACAGGCUCCGCUUUGCAGAAAACAAAAUGUGCAACUAUACACGGAGCACUGGGAGUCUUCUGCUGGAGGAGGAAGAGGAGGAGGGGGAGCGCCGCAGAGGACUCCCGGUGUCUCCUAACAACACACACGCCAUUUCCCGACAGUGGAUGUGUGGGCUCCUGUUUGCCGCUCACUGAUUUGUACGCGUUCUCAAUGUAAGCAAUUGUGAGAAUAAACGGCAUCUUGAAACGGA